UGAUGACAUGUCAACAAUAAACAUGGCAACCACCAGCAACUACUGGGAAGAUCUGCGUAAACAGGCCAGACAGUUGGAGAAUGAGCUGGAUCUCAAGCUGGUCUCCUUCAGUAAACUCUGCACCAGCUACAGCAGCAGUAGCCAGCCGACAAGACACAGCAGGUCUGACUCUGGCGUCCCAUCUCAAGACAACAUGCUUGUGGCCAUGACUACUGAGCUGGAGCAGCUAUUGGCCAAUCUUACAUCAGUCAACGACAAAAUGGCAGAAUACACAAGCGCUCCAGGAACUUCGUCACAUAACGCAGCAUUGAUGCACACCUUACAGAGACAUAGAGACAUUUUACAGGACUACACUCACGAGUUCCACAAAACCAAAAGCAACUUCUUCAGCCUGCGAGAGCGAGAGGACCUACUGGGCUCUGUUCACAGAGACAUCGAGUCCUACAAGAGCAGCUCAGGAGUGAAUAACAGAAGAACUGAGCUCUUCCUGAAGGAGCAUGAACAUCUCAGAAACUCAGACAGUCUUAUUGACAAUGCAAUAAGUAUCGCCAUGGCUACCAAAGAGAACAUCACAUUUCAGCGUGGGAUGUUGAAGUCCAUUCAAACCAGGGUCACAACUUUAGCCAAUCGUUUCCCCGCCAUCAACAGUCUCAUCCAGAAAAUCAAUUUGCGCAAGAGGCGGGACUCUUUAAUUCUAGGCGGGGUGAUUGGCGUCUGCACCAUCCUCCUGUUGCUCUACACUUUCCACUGAUGCUCUGGUGACCUGACAACUGAACUGAAAAUAUUCAUUACAGCUCAGAUCAAAUGUUUUUUAUGUUUUCAUGUGUUCUCCCUUCUAUUUUCAUUUACUCUCCUUAAAAACUGUUUGAAGAGUUAAGAAAGGAUUUUAAUUAUUUCACUUUAAAAAAAGUCUUAAUUAGACAUGAAAGAUUUAAAUUUGUGUAUUGUCUGAAUUAUGAUAAUUAUAUAUUCAUUUGUAUCUUGAAAUUUAUAUAUUGCUGCUUGAAUGCUGUUGAAAUUUUAACUCUGUACAAAUGUAUAAAGUAAUAUUUGACUGGGAUUGCAUACUGAUGAUGUCAUACUUGUUUUUAUAGUGUUGGCGGUGCCUAACAAAAUAAAGGUGAAGA